CAGUGCGGUUUACUUGGAGAAAAAGCUCCAAGGUUAUGGCGAAAAACUUUUUCACUAUCUUAACCUCUUUUGACACACCACUGGAAUGAUUUAGCCAGAGCAACCGCAGUGGCAACAAGUACCGUGAAAUCGCACAUAAUGGCAAUUUUACAAGAAUUUGUUGUAUUAUCAACUCUUGACCCAUCCUCGAUUUGCGAAAUAGAACAAAAGCGCUUGAGAAAUCACAAUGAACUUAUAAUUAUGGAGAAUGCACAGGCUAUGAUUAAUAUACAACACCAAUUCUGCGCGGCGAGUUAUGAUGCCUUUUCAUCUUUAACCUGCUGUUUUGUCUGUCAAUCACCUGUUGGUUUCCCCCAUGAGUCGGAUUGUGCCAUGAUAAAGCAAAGAUUAAACACUGACGCCCGAUCUCAAACUCCCUCACCGAAUUUGGGUGGAAUUAACAAAACCGAGUCUUCUAGAAGUAGUUGUAUAACAGAUCAGCGGUCACAUUUCCAACCUUCUUUUACUGGCCAGCAACUAGAUCAAUCCACAAAUUCGAUGGAUCCAAUUCGCGGACCUUCGCCGCUUCAGGCUAUAUUUGAAAACACGAAAGGACCACUGCCAAAUCCUGGACAUUUACUUGCAAUGAAAAGUCCGUUUUAUAGAGGAGAGAGGUCUCCAUUGAAUAUUCCUUUAUUCCCUUUGAACGGUCAACGUAGAUGGUCUGAAGCCGCUGCAGGAGAAGUAAUAGAUGAAAAUUCAACCGAUGCCGAAAAUCAAAUGAGACGAUGGUCUAUGCCAUGGGAAGCGGUAAAAACGGAUCAAAAUACAGUAACGUGGUAUCAAACUCGAAUAAUGCCCAUAAAUAAUAUCAGCUUACUUAAUCACAAAACGCCAUGUUCUGAUAGAAGCGUAUCCAAUACACCUGAUCUAAAUUGGCAAUCUUAUGCAACAAGCCACGAUGGAUUGACGGAAGCAAUUCAGCUUCUCUCCUGUCGACCUUCAAGACCUCAUGCUCAAGUAUUACAAGGAUACACUACGCAGCACACUAAUAUUCAAAACAUUGAAUAAUUUAUUAGACUUUGGAUAUAAGAUAAAAACAUAUGCAUAUGACAUUUUUUAAUAUAGGAAUUAGAAUCAGAUAGAUUUGAGUUUCAAACAUCAGUGAAAGAUAAUAUCAGAAAAUGUAAAUGAAUAUAGAAGAAGCAAAUGUUAAAUGAAAUCUUU